CCGGUUUUUCAAAAGUAAAAAGUUAAACAUUUUUUGUUUUUGUUUGUUUUAUUGAUCAAUUUCUCAAUUGACCUGUCGCUUUCAGAAUUAAGGUAAGAUUAAUGAAUUAAUCAGGAAUGUCUGAUAUAUCAUCAAUUCAGUGAUAGCUCUUUUUGUGCGAUAUUUUAUUGUUUUUCUUGCUGAAGAUUUUUCAUUCAUUUUGGCACUUCAACAUCAAAUUUGAUUGUUUGGUCUAUUUAUAAUCUACUCUUUAUUUCCCUGAAGUUUUGUACCACUCAUGUGGUUUUGCUGGAUCAGUAUCACUCUUUAGUUGUUUUUGAUACUUUUGCCAUCUUUUAUUUAUAUUUAAUACUCUAAACAUCUGUUCAUGAUAAAUCAACUUGUAACAAUUGAUGUUUUGACUGAUAAUUAAUCAACUGAGGCAAUGAUGAAGUGAUUGUUUCGGGAGAAUGACCAGUUCUGUUCUAUGGCUUACAAUUUGGCCCGAUUGAGCAAAGGAGUAUCCUCAUGGGUACUUUUAUGCCAACCUAAUAAGAUAUUUAAUUGUACCAAGAUAAAACACCAACAUGUUCGUCAAUUCUCAACAGUACUUCUGAAUAGAUCUGCAAAAGCCUAUAAUAACCCUGCCAAUUUGGGGAUAAAAAAAUGUUUUGAUAGCCCAUCACUAUGUGGCCUGAGAUAUUUUCACACUUCAAAGCCCCGACAAGUUCCUGCUAUUAUUUGGGUAAUCUUACGUCCAUUAGGUAAAUUAGCUGCCAUCCUUAUGGGUAGAUCGAUCCGUAAAUGGUACAGUGCCUUACCUCCCAAUAAGAAGCAGUUAUUUAAACAAUGGCUCAUGGCUAAUGCCGAAAAAAUUGGUCUAGUUGUAGCUGUUUUAGGGAUAAUAGGUUUUGUAUUCUUUGAAACCCAUAUUCAAGAAACUCCAGUAACUAAGAGAAAAAGAUUUAUCCUUUUCACUGAAGACCAAUUUUCAUCAUUAGCUGAUAUUGAAUUUCAAGCACAACUUGCUCUUUAUCAGGAUAAAUUGUUUCCAGCAAACCAUCCAUUAUGUCAACAAAUUGAGCGAGUUGCAAUGAGAAUUCUAAAUGCCAACCAAGAUAUCAAGCAAAUAUUCACCAAAAAGUGGACUGUGACUGUUGUUAAUGCGCCAGAAAUAAAGAAUGCCUUCGUUACACCGACUGGGCAGAUAUUCGUCUUUUCAGGCAUACUCAACUUAUGUAAAAAUGAUGAUCAGUUGGGAGUUAUUUUGGCUCACGAGAUGGCUCAUUCGAUCUGUGGACAUGCUGCUGAGAUUUUAAGUUAUACAUCAUGGAUAGAUUUCAUUAUGAUGAUAGGAAUAGCACUGAUAUGGGCCCUUCCGUUUUCUGAUGCAUUAGCAGCUGCGUUUCAUUUUAUUUUGAAUAAGAUUACCAGUUUAACCAUUACUUUACCUUUUAAUCGUAAAUUGGAGUCAGAAGCAGAUGAAGUUGGUCUAACUAUGGCUGCCAAAGCUUGCUUUGAUAUUCGUGAAUUCGUAGCAUUUUGGAGACGAAUGGGUCUCUACGAGACACUAGAAUUAGGUCUGCCCCCUGAAAUUGAUGUCAUCAAAAAUGUUGAAUUUCUGUCAACGCACCCUGCUCAUUAUUCCCGUGCUGAGCAUCUUGAAGGUCUUAUUGAUGAAGCAACUAAAUUACGAGCAUCAUGCAAAUGUCCAAGACUUCCCCGGAUCGAUCCGAGGGCAGUUCUAGAGCAAGAGGUUCGAACAUAUGAAGCUAAAAUGCAAGCUGAAAAAUUAAAAAACAUAAUUGUUUUGGAUAUAAAACCUAAAUCUUAUUAGUUAGGCGAUUUAAGUUGCUAUUGUUUGAAUUCAAUUUAUUUAAAGUUGUAAUUAUAUCUAGAUUUUAAAUUUAAUUUAUAAAAUAUUUGAUGAAUCAA